AGAUACAGCAAAAGGGAUAUUAAACUAGGGCUUAUAUCGGCCAUUAUUUCUGAUUACUGGGGAGGUUUCAAGGCGCAAAAUGGCCGUGAUGAUUGGAAUCACUUUCAGAGUUUCUUGGUUUUGUUGCCUGGUAAUUGGUAGGAUAACCUUUCCUACAUCAAGCUCACUUAGGUCUAAAGGAUAUGGAAAAUACAUCUCUCCAACAGCUCAAUUGCAAGCGCAGCUGACCGAAGAGCAACAGAAACAUCUGGCCUCAAUCCUGCAAAAGCAACUGGCCCCCAUGCCCCAGGCACCUCAGAAAAUGUGGUAUCCAGCUCAAAUGCCCCAGCAGCAAAAGCAACCAGCUACUGGGCCUCAGCAGCAAAGGGGAAUUACCACCAUGCCCCAGAAGCAACCGGCUCCAAUGGAUAUACCGCAGAAACAACCAACAGCUAUGCCCCAGCAAACAUGGUAUCCGGCUCAAAUGCAGCAGAAGCAACCGGCCACCAUUCACCAGCAAGUGUGGCAUUCAGCUCAAAAGCCGCAGAAGCAAAAGCAACCAGCUACUGAACCUCAGCAGCAGAAGGAACCGGCCGCCAUAAGCCAGCAACCUCAGCAAGUGUUGCAUCCAGCUCAAAAGCCCCAGCAGCAGAAGCAACCCCCGCUGAACCUCGGCAGCAGAUUGACCUGACCGCCAUGCCCCAGCCUCAGCAAAUGUGGCAUCCAGCUCAAUUUCCCCAGGAGCAACCCGUCCCUAUGCGUCAACUGCAGAAGGAUCUGACCGCCAUUCCACCACAACUGUGGCAUUCCGCUCAAAUGCCCCAGCUGCAUAAGCAACCGGCUGCCAUGCUUCAGAAAGUGUGGCAACUGGCCCCCGUUCCCCAGCAGCCUCAUGACGUGUGGUAUCCAGCUAAAAUGGUCCAGAAGCAACGAGCCGCUGCAACUCGGCGGCAGAAGGAACUGAUCACCAUGCCUCAGCAAGUGUGGUAUCCAGCUCAAAUGCCCCAGGAGCAGAAGCAACCGGCCACCAUAACGCAGCAAGAGUUGCAUCCAGUGCACGUUCCCCAGCAGCAACAGGAACCGGCCACCAUACCCCAGCAAGUGAGAUAUCCAGGUCAAAUGCCACAGAAGCAUCUGGCCUCCAUGCCUCUGCCGCAGAAGCAACCGACCGCCAUGCCCCAGCAAGGGUGGCAUCCAGCUCCAAUGCUGCAGACUCAACUGGCCCCAAUGCCUAUCCUGCAGAAACAACCAACAGCUAUACUCCAGCAAACAUGGUAUCCAGCUCAAAUGUCCCAGCAGCAGAAACAACUGGCCACCAUGCUGCAGAAGCAACCAGCCCCAAUGCCUCAACCGCAGAAGGAACAGGCCACCCUGCCCCCGCAAGUGUGGCAUCCAGCUCAAAUGCCACAGCAGCAAAAGCAACCAGCUACUGAAACUCUGCAGCAAAUUGAACCGACCGCCAUGCCCCAGCCACCUCAGCAAAUGUGGCAUCCAAAUCAAUUUCCUCAGGAGCAGAAGCAACCAGCCCUAUGCAUCUACCGCAGAAGGAACUGACUGCCAUACCCCAACAACUGUGGCAAACGGCUCAAAUGCCCCAGCAGCAUAAGCAACCGGCUGCCAUUCUUCAGCAAGUGUUGCAUCUGGCACAGAAGCAACGGCCCCUAUGCCCCAGCAGCCUCACGGCGUGUGGUAUCCAGCUAAAAUGGUCCAGAAGCAACAAGUCGCUGCACUGACCGCCAUGCCGCAGACGCAUCAGCAAGUGUGGCAUCCAGCUCAAUCUCCCCAGCAGCAGAAGCAACCGGCCUCCACCCCUCUACCGCAGGAGCAGCCGACCGCCGUAUCCCAGCAAGUGUGGUAUCCAGCUCAAAUGUCCCAGCAGCGGAAGCUACACUGCCAUGCCACAGCAGCAACUGACCGCCAUGCCUCAGCAGAAGCACUACCAAAGCACUGAAGAUGGUGCCUUUGGUAGCGCUCAGGCCAGCAUCGUUGAACAGUCGGGUGUCAUCCCAAUCUAUUCCUACAGUUCCAAAUCGCACUACGAGAAUGGCAGAACUGUCUUUUCCCAAAUCAGCUACACUCCUAGGGAGGCAAUGCCUGUUGACAGUGGAAAUGCUCCCAAGGACGAUUAUGUUAGCUUUGGUGCACCAAGCAUAUAUCCACCACUAGUGAAGGAUUCUGCAAGAUAAUGGUUCACUUUAACCUGCUCUGAACUUUGCUCUCUGAAUUUGAAGUCCUUUGUACUAACCAUAUAUCUAUCAACAGGAAAAUGUAAUGGAUUCAUCCUCUAGAAGCUCUAAUGGUGAGAAUUGUUUAACAUUGGUAACAUAACAUUCUGUGCUGCUGACACUGCAUUUCUUUCUGCUUUUGUUUCGACCAGGACGUUUCUGGUGCUCUUGCUACUCCAGAGUUAUGGAAUCAAUAAACAAUUUUACUUUCAAAAAUG